AUGUCUCGCCAAAGCACACGCCUCGACACGAAGAAAGUGAACUCGGAGCUCUUAACACUUACCUACGGCGCGCUGGUGUCGCAGAUGUUGCGUGACUUCGAAAAUGUCGACGACGUUAACAAACAGCUUGACCGUAUCGGGUUCAACAUGGGCAUGCGGUUGAUCGAAGACUUCCUUUCGCGAACCGGCUCAGGCCGGUGCCUGGAUAUGCGCGAAACGGCGGACAAGAUUCAGCUGGCCUUCCGCAUGUACCUGAAUGUGCAGCCGACCAUCUCAAACUGGGCGGCUUCCGCUGAUGAGUUUUCGCUCAUCUUCGAUACGAACCCGCUGACGGAGUUUGUGGAACUGCCGGCUGAUUAUCAGCAGCUGCGUUACAGCUCUAUCCUGUGCGGGUGCAUUAGGGGUGCGCUGGAGAUGGUGCAGCUUGAGGUGCAGUGCUGGUUCAGUCAGGAUCAGCUGAAAGGCGACGCGACGACGGAGAUUCGGGUUAAAUUCGUGCGCCGGCUUGAGGAUGCUGUACCCGCAGGAGAAGACUAAGGACCGCAGCGAUUUCCUUCGUUACGCAUGCAUUCCGAAAGAUCUGCUGACGCUAUGCGUUCUUCGAAGUUGUAACAACUCGUGGUCGAGAACGAGGCGGGUCAAACGGGAGAAUCCCUACUUGAUAUUUUUUUAUGUUUGUUAAGAAA